CGCUGUCCCCGGACCAGCUGUUAAGGUACAAACCAACAUCCUGGAAACUGGGAUCAGUAGAUGUAGUCAUGUCGUUGAGGAGAGCCUUACAUUUCGUGUUUAAAGUGGGCGAUAGGAACAAGACAGCCGCGUUUUACCGCGAUGUCCUUGGCAUGCAAGUACUUCGACAUGAGGAGUUUGAAGAAGGCUGUAAGGCAACUUGUAAUGGUCCGUAUGAUGGGAAGUGGAGUAAGACUAUGGUGGGGUUUGGUCCAGAGGAUAACCAUUUUGUGUCAGAGCUGACGUACAACUACGGUGUUGGAGAGUACCAGCUGGGUAAUGAUUUCCUGGGCGUCACUCUGCAGUCCAGCCAGGCCGUCAGCAAUGCCCGCCGGCUCGGGUGGCCCCUCUCGGAGGCAGGGCGGGGGAUCUACCUGGCCAAGGCCCCAGGGGGGUACUCUUUUUACUUGGUGGAUGAGGAGCAGCCCCAGACAGACCCCGUCCAGAAGGUCUCCCUGGGUGUGUCAGACCUACAACGUUCCACACACUACUGGUCUGUCCUCCUGGGGAUGCAGAUACUGGAGAGAGAUGCUGAGAGGAAAUCGGUCCUACUGGGAUUCGGAGAUGGACAGUGCAAACUGGAGCUCUGUGACAUCGGCGGCCCAGUGGACCACGGCACAGCUUUCGGGAGGAUCGCUUUCUCCUGCCCUCGCACACAGUUACCUGACAUUGAGGCAAUAAUGAAGAGGGACAACCAGACAAUCCUCACGCCCCUCGUCAGCCUGGACACACCUGGGAAGGCCACCGUGGAAGUGGUCAUACUCGCUGACCCGGACGGCCAUGAGAUCUGCUUUGUGGGCGACGAGGCAUUCAGGCAGCUCUCCACAGUGGACCCCAACGGAAAUGCCCUACUGGAUGCAGCGAUUGCAGCGGACAAAAGCGACGAAUGGUUUGCCAGACACAAUAAACCGAAGGCUUCUGCCUGAGAGGCCAGAGCAGCGGCAGUAUCGGGGCUUUGCUGUAACGUGUGCAGUUUCAUUUGACAUUGCAGCAACAUUUCAAACCCUUCUGCAUUCAACACAAGCGGUGUUAUCUGGACUGCUAGCUGAAUGUGACUUAAACUGUUUGCUUUUUGUAAUGUGAAACGUAGCAUGAUUAAAGAAAGCAAUAAUCUGCCUUUUCAGUAA